AGUCGAGGCUGAUUUCUGGGCAGGACAGGAAACAAGACGCGUAGAGCGCACUCCAAUCCCCACUCCCAGUCUGACUCAGAGUAUGGAGCUGGGAACGUGAAUCAAUGUGUCACUCUGCAAAUAGAGUUACCAAGCGAAAUAAGUCCGCACAAGGCGUGAAAACGGUUCCCGUUCAAGAUUAACAAGUAUAUCCUAGACGAAUUCCCGGCCGUCGGGACAACUGGAUUUGGCGUAAACAUUUUGAAAACACUGCUGUGUUUUCUCUAGGAAACAAAAGUGGGACGCAUUCCUAAAGCAAAAAUCGAGAACUCAAGGAUUUUCUUACAGGAGUUAUUACGUCUGCGACGCGCGUGACCUCCACGCUCGUCUGGGUUGCCUGCGGGCGCUGAAAUUUGGGGGAGAGAGGGAACAAAGCCAAAGAUGGAGCAGCUUUCGGACGAUGAGCUGGACCACGCCGCGGAGGAGGACAGCGACAAGGAGGAUCAGGACCUGGACAAGAUGUUUGGAGCCUGGCUGGGGGAGCUGGAUAAGCUGACACAGAGCCUGGAUGAUGGAAAGCCAGAGAAGGUGCAGAAGGCCCCCCUCAGACAGGAGACCAACCUGGCCAACUUCUCCUACCGCUUCUCCAUGUACAACAUCAACGAGGCGCUGAACCAGGGCGACGCGGUGGACCUGGACGCCCUGAUGGCGGACCUGUGCUCCAUAGAGCAGGAGCUGAGCAGCAUCAGCAAGCCCCACGGCGGAGCGGGGGGGUCCCGCCUGGGCGUGCCGGGGGGGGAGGCCAAGCUCCGGCAGAAACCCCCGCCGGGGCGGAGCGGGAGCGCCAAGCACGGGGGCGGGGGGGGCAGCAGCGGCGGGAGCAGCAGCGGCGGGAGCAGCGCCCGGGCCUCGCCCUCCUCCACGGUGCGGGGCGGGAGCAGCCACGCCCGCCCGCUGGCCUCCAACCUCUCCCUGGACGACAUCACGGCCCAGCUGGAGCAGGCCUCGCUCAGCAUGGACGAGGCGGCUCGCCAGAGCUCCUCCCCCACCUCGGCGGGACCCGCCCCCGUCUCCGUCUCCCUCGCCUCCGCCGCCGCCUCCUCGUCCUCCUCCUCCUCCUCCACCUCCACCUCGGCCGCCACGCUCCGCCGGCCCUCUUCCUCCUCCUCAUCCUCGCACCACCGCCGGACGGGCUCGGCCGGCACGGUCAGCGACCACGACGUGCGGUCCAUCGGAAACUCCUCCCGCUCCAGCAUUAACUCCGCCUCCGCCUCCAGCAUGGACUCGCUGGACAUCGACAAGGUGCUCCGCCCGCCCGAAAUGGACGGGGUGCAGUGUCCCUCCGCCCAGCAGCAGCCCUCCCAGGGACAGCCCAGCACAGAGCACUCCUAUCUGGACAGGGAAACCUCGCUCAUUCUGAGAAACAUGGCCGGAAAGCCCUCUCACUUGCUGACCAAGGAGGAGCAGGCUGCCAAGCUGAAAGCGGAGAAGAUCAGAGUGGCCCUGGAGAAGAUCAAAGAGGCUCAGGUGAAAAAGCUGGUGAUCCGGGUGCACAUGUCGGACGAGAGCUCCAAGACCAUGAUGGUGGACGAGCGGCAGUCGGUCCGGCAGGUGCUGGACAGCCUCCUGGACAAGUCCCACUGCGGCUACAGCCCCGACUGGUCGCUGGUGGAGACCAUUAACGAGCUGCAGAUGGAGCGGAUCUUCGAGGAUCAUGAGAACCUGGUGGAGAAUCUGCUGAACUGGACCCGUGACAGCCAGAACAAGCUGAUGUUCAUCGAGCGUAUCGAGAAGUACGCCCUGUUCAAACGCCCGCAGAACUACCUUCUGGGAAGGAAGGAGACGUCCGAAAUGGCCGACAGGAACAAGGAAGCUCUGCUGGAGGAGUGUUUCUGUGGAAGCUCUGUGACUGUGCCGGAGAUCGAGGGAGUCCUCUGGCUGAAGGAGGAUGGAAAGAAGUCGUGGAAGAAGCGCUACUUCCUCCUGCGGGCCUCUGGGAUAUACUUUGUUCCCAAGGGCAAGGCCAAGGCCUCCAGGGACCUGGUGUGCUUCCUGCAGCUGGACCACGUUAAUGUGUACUACGGCCAGGACUACCGCAGCAAGUACAAGGCCCCCACGGACUACUGCCUGGCCCUGAAGCAUCCUCAGAUCCAGAAGAAGUCCCAGUACAUAAAGUACUUGUGCUGCGAGGAUGUCAGGACUCUCCACCAAUGGGUCAACGGAAUCCGCAUCGCCAAGUAUGGGAAACAGCUGUAUGUGAACUACCAGGAGGCCAUGAAGCGCACGGAGGCCGCCUACGAUUGGUCCUCCCUCUCCAGCUCCAGCAUCAAAUCAGGCUCCAGCUCCUCCAGCCUGCCAGAGUCCCACUCCAACCACUCCACCCAAUCAGACAGCGGGGUGUCGGACACCACCUCCUCGGGCCACGCCCGGUCGCAGAGUGUGGUCAGCUCCAUCUUCUCCGAGGCCUGGAAGAGAGGCACGCAGAUGGAGGAGAACACCAAGGUCAAAGUGGAGUCCGUCAGAGGAAGCCACCCCCCCCAGACCCCCCGAAGCAGUCUGACGCACGCAUCCCCCCAGCCCUCCCCCUCCCCGCCCCCUCCGCCUCCCCCGCCCCCUCCUCCCCCGCCCCCGCUUCCCAACCCGCCCCACCAGGCCGCGCCCACCGUGUUCACCAAAUACAGCACCCUCGCCCGGCUGCAGAACGCCUCCCAGGGAGCCAAUCACUACAAGCCGCCCGCCGUGGCCCCGCCCCCUGGGCCCCCUGCCCCCCCGCCGCAGUCCGUGAAACCCCACGUGGGCGCGCCGUCGGGAGCUAACGUCCCGCCCCCUCCCCCGCCCCCGCCCCCUGCCUCCGUCCGCCCCGGGUCGGCCAUGGCCGUGCUGAAGCUGGGGCCCGUAAGCCCCAUCAGCCCCGCCCUGCCCGGGUUCACGCCCCCCCGCCCCCCAGCACCAGCUGCACCAGCACCCGCACCCGCACCCGCACCCGCACCAGCACCAGCACCAGCACCAGCACCAGCAGCCGCUGCCGUCGCCGCCACCGCCCCCGCCCACCGUCCACCAGCAGAGCAACGGCAUGCCGCCUCCCCCGCCCCCCGCCCUGACCAAAUACGCUCCCCCCGCCCUCAACAAAUAUCCUCCCCCUUCAGCAGUAACGGCCUCCAGCAGGUGCUGGCCCAGAAGUUCCCCAACCUGCCCCACGACUUCUCCCCCCCUACGGCCAGGCCGUCUCCGCCUCCACCUCCCCGCCCCCUCCGCCCCCCGGUCCCUGCUCCACCCCCACCCCCGCCCCAACAACUGUUCUACGGGGGCUUCCCUCCCCAAACUGCCCCCAAACCCUGUGGGCCGGGCCUCCCAACGUCCCCCUAGCCCCCCCCUCCUCCUCCUCCUCCCCCCCCUCCCCUCCCCCCUUCUCAUCCCGCCCCGUUGAGGAAGCAGCAGAGCUUGUCUGCAGGAAGCACCCAAAACCAGCCCCCGCCCACCCUGCCCAAGCAGCACAGCUUCCCGUCUAAAGGCCUGCCCCUGACGCACCCCAUCUCCCCCACGCCCUCUCUGGUCAAGCAGAUGGCCAGUCAGUUCCCCGGGUCGUCUCCCACGACCCCUAACGCCCCCCUGUCCCCCCCCGUGGUGAAAACCAAGCCCAAGUGGCAGCCCGUGGGGCAGGUGCAGCAGCUCCCCGAAUUCCCCCCGCCUCCGCCGGAGAGCACCCUCAACUUCCCUCCCCCUCCCCCUCCCUUGCCCCCCGCCCCGACCCCCCCGCCGCCCCCUCUCCCGCCGACCAAGACGUCGCCCUUGAAGAAGUCGCCCUCAUCCUCGUCCGCUGGGGGGAAGAGGCCCCCCCCGACGCCCCAGCGGAACUCCAGCAUCAAGUCCAACUCCUCGGCGGACUACCAGGAGUCCAAGUCGGUGGGGAGCCUGGUCAGCAAGUUCGGCCAGCCCCCCGCGCCCAGCUCGGGCUCGGGGUCCUCCCCCGCCUCUUCCUCGGGGUCCCCCUCCAAGGAUUCCAUGGGCCCCCCGGCCCCGCCCAAGCCCGGGAAGCUCAACCUGUCCAACCUCCCGCUGGCCCUGCAGGCCAAAGUGGGCCAACACCGGCAGUCCAGCGCCGAUUUCCCCUCGCCCCCGUCCGAGUGCGACUACUUCCCCCCUCCCCCGCCCGACUCGGAGCUCCUCCCCCCUCCCCCGCUGCCCCCCGACCCCCACGGCGGCGCCCCCAAAGUCGCCGUGGUCAACCCCCAGCCCCCGGCCCAUUCCUCCGCCCCCUCCACCUGGAGCAAGGGCUCGCUGAAGAAGACCACGCCCCUUCCCACGCUGCACCGCCGCAACACCGCCACCCCCGAGCCGCCGCCCCCGCCCCUCUCCCCGCCCCCCUUCGGCGGCCCGCAGCUGGCCCCCCCCACCUCCCCCAAGGGCAACCUGGCCGUCCAGCCCAACUUCCUGGAGGACCUGAACCGGACCCUGAAGAGGAAGUCCAUCACCAGGCACGGCUCGCUCACUUCCUCCCGCAUCUCGGCCAAGCUGGAGCCCGUGGCCACCAUGGACGACAUGGCGCUGCCGCCCCCCCCGCCGGAGCUGCUGCUGGAGACGCAGAAUCAGGGGGGGUACAUGUCCGGGAACAUCUCAGGCUAUGCAACGCUGCGGCGGGGGCCCCCCCCGGCACCCCCCAAACGGGACCAAAGCACCAAACUGACUGGGGAGUGGUAGUUGAGGACCAGGGGUGGGGUGGGGUGGGGUGAGAAAGGGGACCUUUUUGUGCGAUGGCUGAGUAUGCAGGCCCAUGGGAUUCCUUCUCUUCUUCAUGAACUUUCCGGUUUCUCAGCUGCAGUCCGCGAGCAGGAGUUCGCCAGGAUCCUGCUCCUCUGAUUCCGGCAUCAUCACUACUUUACUCCGUAAACAAAACUCACCACCUGCUUCUCCGUGUGUUUGCGCCGCUUAUGGUAUUACUUGUAGGUGAUUAUACAAAAACGUGACGCUAAGAAUGACUUUUGUUGCAAUAUAUUGGUACUGCAUGGACAACUCUAUGGACAUGAUGUAACAUGAGACCCUGCUUGGGGAGGGGAGGGGUUGGGGGUGGGGGGGGCGGGGGGGGGAAGUGAUGUGUCAUCAUCGAAUUGAAAGAUAUAAUUGGACUUCGGUGGUGAAUAGUUCUAUCUUUGUUUUUUUUUAUAUAUAUAAAAUUAUUUAAUACAUGCAAAAGAUUUUCUUAUUUUAGAGUUAAGUUUUUAAAAGCCUUGGAGAGUCGAGCUGUGUCUCGACGGCGAGCCUGCGUGCAGAAACAGAGGUGUGAGAGGAACGGCAUGUGAGGGAGUGGUUUUGGGAAGGGGAGCCAGGUUUUGGGAACGGGACAGUGGUUUGGGAAGGGGAGCCUGGUUUGGGAAGGAGAGCCUGGUUUGGGAUGGGAAGACUGGUUUGAGAAUGGGAACAGCGGUUUGGGAAGGGGAGCCUGGUUUGGGAAGGAGAGCCUGGUUUGGGAUGGGAAGACUGGUUUGAGAAUGGGAACAGCGGUUUGGGAAGGAGAGCCUGGUUUGGGAUGGGAAGACUGGUUUGGGAAUGGGGACAGCGGUUUGGGAAGGGGAGCCUGGGUUGGGAAGGAGAGCCUGGUUUGGGAAGGGGAGCGCUGAGAGGCGCUCAGCGACGCAGGAUCCUGGACCUGCGCGCAGCGGCUAUCCCAUUGGGACCGAUUCUGGCGGCUCCCCCAAAAGACACCCGCGGAGCGGCGGGCGUGGUGGGCGGCGACCUUCGGACAACCGCACAGCUGUCUGACUUCCUCGUUUUAUGAAGGACUGUACAGAUGUGUUAGACGUUUACUCGACGCGAAGAGGAGACUUUGCGUAUUGUACCAAACCCCCCUGAGAACCUUAAAAAGAAUGCGAUUGCUUCACGACUGGAAUGCGAGAGACAACGUGAUUCAGAUGACCUUUUGUGUUUUGAGACUUCUGGGUUUUUUUUUUUUUUUUUUUUUGGUUUUUAAAAAAAACUUUUUUAAAGGUUUGGAGCUUAAAAAAAAACGGAAAAAAAAAAACAAAAACGAAUGAAACGCCCUUAACAGUCCACCUUUGCAAACUGCUGGGUUGUGUGUAAUGUGGGCUUGACCUGCUCUGUCUGUUUAUGCUGGUCACCUUUGCUAUGCUAUCUUUCUGUACUUACCGCUGCUCCUGUCUUUAAUGGAAUCCUUUGGUCCCAACCUCUUUAAGUACUGGGGAGGGAAAGGAAAGGUGAAGCCGAUUGAUCGCCUACGAGAGGAGUCGGUUUGAGGUGGGUUGUAUCUACUAAACACCAAGGAAAUGGCUGCCACAGCGAGCAACCCACAUUUCUUGGGCUUGAUGUCUGCUGGGAGUCAGAGAGGAUCAUGGGACCUGGAGUUCUUCAGUCUCACAGUCAAUCACGACUUCUCUCUACAUUCAAGGGUGCUAGGACUGGUCUGCUGUGGCAGCAUCAGCACAGAGCUAAUGGCCGGAUAAGGCAUGCAGCAGGCCCGGUUAACGGUAUCGUUUGCGUGUGCACCUGCGCGUGUCCGUACUCUGACCUUCCUAUCCGGUCGCUGCCUCUGUGUCCAUCCAGAGGGGAUUACUUUCGGACUACGAAAAAAGAAUGGGCAACAACGAGAAGUCGGUCAAAAGCCGAGAAAUGUAACUUGCGAAUCAUAUAAAUGUGUAUACAUAUUUCCUUGCCUCCUGACCUGUUGCCAUAGUGUCGAUAGUUGUUUAUUCCCGUACAUUGUUAUUCUGUUUUAAGGUUUUCAAUUAUCUGCAAGUGAAUUAUGUAAGCAUUAAAUUAUUGAAAUAUUGUAUCUGAUCACAAAGGCCAAAGGAGCUCUUUAAAGUCAGGAACAUCUCUGAAAUAUAUAAAUACAUUGGAAAAUAAAAAUAAAAUGUCUCUUGCAUUUAAA